GUUUAGUUACAGUAACUGGAAAUUCUGGACAAUGUGUUGAUUAUGUAGUCUGUGGAGUUGUGAUCGUUUAUAAUUGUUUAUAUUGUAAAUGGAGGCCCACGUUUUUAGCUGCGUCUUUGUUUGACAAAAGCACGUUGGGUGACACUGAUCGGCCUCUCCGUUUCCUGGAUGCCUUUGUGCGCAUGCGUGCUAAGCGCAUCCUGUUUUAUCAAAUUCUUUUCCAGGCGAAAAUGGCUGCCUCUCUGAUCUAAACCUCUGCUUAAGGAUUAAAUGAGCAUGAAAUACAUGCGGUAGGAUCCUGAGAAUUGCUGUCCCGCUUCAAGACAACAGCCAUGGCCGCCAGGGCGUAGUUUGUGCGGCGUCUUCAUAAAGAUGUUGUGAGUGCCAGAGAAGGGGAAUGUAUGCGGUCCGAAAUUAACCCUUUCCAUCUAACAUCCACCAACAAAUACGACAAUGAUGCAUCAAGUGACCAGCAGCAACAGUGACUAUUGUAUGAGUGGACUGGCAGAGGACUGUCAUCCAGCCAGCCACUUUGAUUUAUGUAGCACACAGUCCAGCAAAUUCUACCCCUCUCAGACAAACCCUGGUCUGCAGCUGUCCCUUGCCGGCCUUGCCCCUUUACCACCGGGCAUGCACAAAGCCAUGGUAUGUCAAAUCCAAGACACCCAGAACGACUUCCAGCCUCAGACAGUGAGAAUCAGGGGCAGUGAGGCUGCAGGGCCCGAUGGCUCUAAGAAGAAGAAGGGCAUAGUGAAGUCGGGGCGUAGAGGGAGGCCAUCAGGGACCACAAAGUCAGCUGGUUAUCGUACAAGUACUGGACGUCCGCUUGGGACAACUAGAGCGGCUGGGUUCAAAACCAGCCCAGGGAGGCCUCUUGGUACCACCAAAGCUGCAGGAUAUAAGGUCAGUCCUGGAAGGCCCCCCGGCAGCAUCAAGAGUCUAGCUCGUCUCAAGAAGCUGGAGUUUGGUUGUGACAGCGCCAAGAAACUGGACUUUAGCAACUGCAGUCUUCCUAAGAAACUGGACUUCACUAGCUGUGAUGUUCCACCUUUUCCAUACACUAUGAUGGAGAAAAGACCCCUCUGUGAGUCCAGUGGCAAAGUGGAUGAAACCAGUGAAUAGAUCUGCAGGUUACUCCCCACUGCUUGAGAAACAUUCGUGUAUGAGCAAGAAGAUGCAGAAAACAUUUCUCACAAAUGUUAGAGGAAAGAACUUUUUGCCAUUUAGAACUGGCUCUGAAUGAGUGUUUGUACAGUGUUUCACAUUUUCGUCAUCCUCUCAUAAUAAAUGACAAAAGUAUGUUAUUCCAGUUUGGCAGAGAUGCAUGCGUAUGAAUUAAUCACACCAAUCAGUAUUGGCAAAAAAAAAAAAAAAAAAAACAUUUUGAAGUUUGUGGUUAAAAUUCUUCUUUUUUUUUUCCUCAAGCAUUUUGUACCUAUGUGUGACAUAUUAUUUUUCUCUGCUUUUACAUUUCUAUAGCGUGUUUCUUGUGUCAUUUUUUCACAUUCUUAAAAAUUCAAGUACAGCCAGUCAAAUCAGUUUUUUCCUGGACAUAAAUAUGUGGAUGUAUAGUUGUCCUUUUUGUGUUGUCCAGUUCAAUAUGCGUUUUAUUUGUGAUAUCACCCCUAAAAUGGGAACACUGCGAUACAUGUUUAUUGAGCCUGAAUAAAUGCAGGCUAAAUUAAAAUGUAUUUAGACUGCAUAAUAUCCUUUUGAACACAGUAUUUGUUAUUUCUGCAAUCUGUGAAUACAGUUUUUACUAUGUACCGUGACGGACUGUUUUCGUCACCAAACUCACUUGAUAAGCACUUCCAGACUUAAAUGUAUGUUGUUAAUGCUGUUAAUUAGGAAAUAAAUGACUUCAUACAACAGUUUCUGCUUUGUGAUAUAUGUAAUGAAUGAUAAUGUUCUACAUGUGAAACCAAAAUAAAAUAAAUUGUCUUUUCCACA